AUGAGCGCCGCUGUUACAGACGUGGCAUGGAGUGUGUCACUCAAUCCAUUCAUAUACAUUGGAACAUUCUUGAUUCUGUUUGUUCAGUUUGGCUAUUCCGGGAAGGCGCGAGUUGUGGGACGACUCGAUCGCCUGGAAGUCCCGGGCGUCUUGGUGUUGACCGCCAGCGGCCGGGCAGCGCGGCCUAGUAGUAUCGACAGAAAGCAGCACUUGCAAGAGUGGAUUUGGAUUUACAUUGUCCAGAUUUACCCUAGACUUAGUCGGGAGUCUGGUGACCCCGACUCUCCCGUUCGGAAGCGAAUAGCAAAUCUAGUACUCAUGUCACCGUCGAUUCUUCCAUGUCCUCUGCAAACCCAUAUUCUACGUACUAUCCAAGAUGUCCAACAACCAAGAACGAAAAACAUCAAGGCAGUACAAUCUACGAGGUAG